AAAGCUGAUGAUUUUGUGGCACAUUUCACAUGGCCAACGACUUAAUUUCACUUAACAAUGAACAAACGUCGCGUCUGUCUAUUGAAACAAAUCGAGGCUAGCAACAGAUUUAAAAAAUAAAAAGGUUAACUGAGGAGGGCUGAAGUCUCUUAAACUACCUGAAGAGCAGGAAGACAUGUUGCAAAAAGUAACGAAUACCAAACUGAGCAGCUGCUGGCACGAGCUGUGACUCUGCGCCAUAGCGGAAUUGGACGAACUGAGCGAAAUAGGCUCGGAAUUUGAGAAUUUGGUCAGCUUUGAUUGCUCUUUUUCCUUCCAUUACUAGCCGCCCCUUAUCGUUUAACUUUCGGUUUCGUUUCCCGGUUUUUGUUUGUGUUCAGUUCCCGCCUGACCUUAUGGGCGGGGCUAUACAGUUACAGUGUAGGAUGAUACGCUCCUAAGAGGAGGUUUUCUGUCUCCGCUUGAAACAAUGUUUUUUAUUUUUAAGUUUAAUUAGACUUAAGACAAUCUUUUUGAAUUUGAACACCAAGCGACAGCGAACAAACAAUACAUUGUCGUUAUUUUAUAUUACGGCGAUACUGUAGUGAGACUUUUAAUACUAGAAAAGCCAUCGCUGAUUCCUGGAUUUUUUUUUCCUGUAAGAAACUGGAACCCGACCUUUUUUUUUGUUGAUUUCUUUUACUUUUAGUCAAAGUAAAACUCUGCAGGAUGGCCCAGCCACAGAAUGUUGACUGUUUCUACUUUCUCCAAGGACAAUGUAAGCAGAAAAAAUGCAGGUUUCAGCACCGUGAUCUCGCUUUGAAUACCAGUGAAAUAUGUGAAAACUGGAGGCGAACAAAGAAUUGCCGGAAUAAACAGUGCACCAACAUACAUUACGACCAGGAGGCCUUAAGAAGAUUUUUCCUGUGUCGAUUGGAGAAGAAUGGGGAGUGUAAAAUCACAAACUGUCUACAAUAUCAUGAAAAGCAUCGUACCAUUUAUGAUGACGGUGGUUCAAGUAUAACUUUACCUCCUAACCCAGUUCCAAGAAAAGCUAAAAGCCAGAGGGGUAAAACAGAAUUUUCAAAAACAAAUCACAUUAUGACACAGAAUUUGGUGAGAAGUGCAUCCCAGUUUAUUACUGAGACUUUGAUAUUUGUUCGUUCUGUUGUCAACGAUGGAAAGCUCAGUUCUGAAAGAGCAAAAAUGUAUAUAAAAGAGAUGAUGCAUGCAGUUUUGUUUUUAUUACAUAUCAACAUGCCAUCCAUUCAGCCCAAUGACGUCAUGCCAGGGAAAAUGCUGGAGACUUUGACCAAACUUUACUAUGAUGUGUUUUACAUGUAUAAGACUCAUCUUCCUUUGAGGUCGCCAUAUUCAGUCCUGCUAGAUUUGGUUGUUGAAAGCUUCAACCAGGAUGAAGAAAUGGACAUCCUUAACUGCCUUUGGGGACUAAAUGAGAAAAUGCUUAUACCAAGGGUGAAAAAUGAAGAGCAGAUGUGUGGAAAUGACUUUGCUUUUGCCUCUCGCGUCAUCAGUUAUUGUUAUUUUCAAGAUGUGGUUACGAAUAACAGAACCAAAAAGUAUUUUGGAGCUUCAAUCGCCUGCAAAGGUAAAGUCCAAAGAGAGAUCCUCAUUGAUGUGUCAUGUAUGAAGACAUGGAAUCAGAAGGUGGCUAUUGGUGUAACUACUGCUACCAUUAAGGGAAACAAGCCCCUGCGGUUGCCUCCAACUGUCCAUUCUACUGCAUAUCGCAUGAUAAACAACCCUUUGUGGAGAAAUGGAAAAGAGGUAGUGCGGUCAUUGGAAACAAGUUCCUCUGAACAGGCAGAUUUGGAGUUGAGACCAAUGAAGGGCUAUUUGCCAAUGCCUCCUUGUGACAGAUGUCUUGAAAUAUUUCCUAAUAUCACAUUUAAUCCAGAAAGAAUGGAAGACAAUCAUCCUCCAAAAUGGGAGCAUGGAAAUUGUGCCGAAUGUGAAUCUGUAAGUAAACUGCUAAAUGCCGACAGGAUCCUUGAUAUGAGAGUGGCAAUGCCUGAUGUGGUAUAUUUUCACACAUCGUUGACUGGUUACCCAGAAGUCUGGUUUGGAAGAUUGUUUGAGGAGUUAAUGUAUGAAAGAUCAAUGAGGUUAAUUACUAAUCUGAAAAAGACUAAAUUUGAGUUGGGAGUACCUCUUCUUUGUUUUGAUCCAUCCUUUUGCAAUAACAGUGCUGCUCUUGUCCCAGUGCAGCCUGUCAGCUAACAGCAUUGGUGAUGAACAGAGCUUUUUAAUCUUCAAAUGUGUUAUUUAACUUAAUGUAUUUGAAUUUACAUAUUUAGACAUACUGUAAUGUAGAAAACUGUGUCUUUUAGUACACAUAGCUAAAGCACUAAAUGAAUACGCCACCCAAAAUUUAUAUAUAUAUUUUAUAUAUGUUAUUUACCCCAUGUACUUUGUAGUGGUAAUUUUCAUGCAGAUUGGAGAGCAGGAAGAUUAUGAUACAAGAUAAUUCAAUAGUGGCUUGUGCUGCAAAUGAUGUGAAAAACGUCCAUAGAAAAUGAUAAUCUGUUAUGCAGUCGCUUGCUCAAAACUUAAGUUUUUGGUUUUUUUUAGCAAAAUAUAGAUUUAUCAAUGCACAUCUAAGCAAGGAACCUAAAAAGAUACACAGAAGAGACUGUUUGACUUGAGGACCUGCCUCUCUUAGUCACUCAUUGGUCAAGAUUCCUGUCCUCAAUUCAAAAAGUCCUUCCACUGUGAGUCUUUAGCUUUCCUGUUUAUAUACACACUGAUAAUUCCAGAAGUAACCAUUUACCAAUAUUUUAGCAAAAAAACAUUUGUUGUACACAUUUUGAGCAAGUGACUCGAUAACAGACAUGUGGAUUUUGCGACACAAGUAACUCAAGAUUUUGUUUUCUUUCACCUUGUUUGGAGUUGUACAGUACUUGUCAGUAUUGACUUCUGUUAUGCUAUAAACAUAAUUUUAUUUGUGUUCAUAUGCACGCCAAAAAUUAAAGUAUACAUGCUAUGAAAAUGUAGCAUCCUUCUCUCGCUGUUCAUUAUUUACUGUUAAAGUUAACUGUACUGGAACAAACAACAAAUAAAAAUAAAGCCCUACUAAAAGGAG